CUCUCUCGACCUUUCUUCUCGGAGUCAAAGAUGGCGGCUGUUGCUUCGGAAAGCGAACAAGUGGUUGAUCAAGCUAACGAAAAUAUUUUAGCCGAAGAAAAGCCUGUAGAUGACAAGUUAACUGAAGAAAAACCUAAAGAAGGAGAGAAAAAAGAUGAACCUGAAGAUGAAUCCAAAGGUGAAACUAAAGAUGAACCUGCAGCAGAACCUGACAAGAGCGUGAAUGGCGACAAUAAACAUGCAGAAGAAAAACCAGCUGACAAUGAGGAAGGUUUGGGUGACAAGGUGGCAAAACACUACAAUGAACAUCCAGAAGGCAGCAAGGAGAGCCGAAAGGAAAGUCCCAUAUUUUAUUUAAGAAAUUUUAACAACUGGGUGAAGAGCAUAAUCAUUGGUGACUGUCUGGAAAAAAUCAAGAGGGCAAGUGCAAAGGACAUAGCUGUACUUGAUCUCUGUUGUGGGAAAGGUGGAGACCUUCUCAAAUGGCAGAGGGGAAGGAUAAAGAAACUUGUGUGUGCAGAUAUUGCCAAAGUUUCUGUGGAACAGUGUGAGGAGCGCUAUAAAGAACUUAAAAAGACACAUGAGACCAGGCGUUAUCGGGACCCUCUCUUUCAACCUGAAUUUAUUACUGCUGAUUGUAGCAAGGAACGGCUGCUAGACCUAUACCAAGAUAAAGAAAUCCAGUUUGACCUAACAAGCUGCCAGUUUUCUUUUCAUUAUUCAUUCGAGAGUUUUGAGCAGGCUGACAUGAUGCUGAAGAAUGCUUGUGAAAGACUUAAAGUAGGAGGCUUUUUCAUAGGAACAACACCCAACGGAUAUGAAUUAGUUCGUCGAUUAGAAAAGUCUGAAGAUCUGUCCUUUGGAAAUGAUGUGUAUAGAGUGACAUUUGAGAAAAAAGAUGACUACCCUUUGUUUGGCUGCAAGUAUGAUUUUCAUCUUGAAGGAGUGGUUGAUUGCCCAGAGUUCCUGGUCUACUUUCCCCUGCUUGAAAAAAUGGCAGAAAAAUAUAACAUGAAGCUACUAUUCACAAAGACAUUUCAUGACUUUUUCCGGGAGAAGACUAAGGAGUCAACUACACUUCUGUACAAGAUGAAAGCACUGGAGACCUACCCUCCACGCCAAGAGGGUGACUGCUUAGUGUCAUCUGCAGAGGACGCAUAUACACAUGCCAAAGACUUUCUUGAAGGAAUUCAGUUGAACCAAGAUAAAUCUUCAUCAACAAGCAAAUAUAGAGAUCACAGAGAAAAAAACCUCAAACAUGUGGGGACAAUGUCGAAGGCUGAGUGGGAGGCUGUUGGGAUGUAUCUGGCAUUUGUGUUUGUCAAGAUCGAUCCAGAAGCAGAGAGAAAGAAGCUUGAGGAGGCAGAGAGAAGGGCGAAGGAAAGAGCCGAGCGAGAGAAGGAGAGAGAGGAGAGAGCUAAAGCUGAACAAGAGAAAGCUGAGAAAGCUAAGGCUGAACAAGAGAAAGAAGAAAAGGCACGAGCCGAACAGGAGAAAGAAGAAACAACAGAAGAAAAACCACAGGAAGAAAUGGAAGCAGAACCCACAGAGGUGGCAGAAGAAAGCACUCAGGUUGAAUCAAGGAAAAGAAAACACGAGGAUGAUGCUGCAACAGCUGAAGAUGAUGAUGAGGAUGAUGAUGAUGGUGAACCAGCUGCAAAGAAGCAAGAAGCUGAUGAUGGAACCUCUGGUUAAACAUUGUUGCCCUUAGAGUUUGUGAUGAUAAGGAAUGUAGAAAGAGUAGAGAGGGAUUAGGGAGUAGUAAGGAGUGAGGUGGAGGUUAGGAACGUUAUUCUUGCCUGUAGGACUAUAGCUUUAUUUUUUCAAUUCUCAAAAGCAACAACAACAACAACAACAACAAUGUAACAAUCUUUGCAGAUAAUUUACGUUUUUCUUUCAAAGGUAUGGUACCUUAAAUUUAAAAUUUAUUACUCUUUACUUUUGCAUGAUUUUCUGGUGGCAUGAUGAAACUUUUUUAAAGAACUCAAAAUAUAGUGAUGAUAGAGGAACAUGUAAUAGCCUUUUAAAAAAGGAAGAGCAUAUCUUUACACUAUGUCCAUUCAUUUUUCUUUCAAUUGUACAAUUUAUCUUGCCAUUAACUGUCGAGGUUUUCGAGACUAAACCAUACAAUAUUGCUACAUGCUAUUUUGUACAGAGUUGACUUCACUCAAGCUUUUACACCAGUGAGCUUCUCAUUAUCACCUUUCAUAGAUCUCCACCAGUAGCUCUGUAAUGCUUGGAAGUAGUGUAUUUUAAACAAGAUACUGACUCUAAGUUUUAGAGCAUGUUCUCUUGUUGUGUCUUGAUCAGCUUCCAGAACAGGCAUGUUUUGUUUUGUGGGAGGAGGGAUUAGCUAGAUUGGCUUGUUAGUGUCUCCGAUGUAUUAUUGUGCCAAGCUCCCUGCCCUGCUGGCUGUUUUGUGGCUGGACAAUAUUACACACUGGAGAAAUGGGUGCACCAUUUACAAGUAGGAAUAUUUAAGAGAACAGUGAAGCGUUCUGUGAACGGACACCCAGAGGUGGAUAUCCCCUCAUGGAAGUUAAAAUGUAGUGUUUGCAUGUGGCUGGGAAGUAUUCACCUAAUAUACAGUGUCAGUUAGCAGAAGCUUGAUGGUAAAUUUUUUCAGAAAGUUAUCUCUGAAAUUACGCUUCAAUCAGUCAUUCAGAUAAUGACUUACUUCCCUGUACUUUAUGCUGACUCUAUGAAAAGAUGGUUUGCUUAUUAAUCAUAUUGUAAGCCAACAAAGAUCUUGUCUCAGAAGUUCUUUCCUGAAGCAUUUGGAAUGAAAGUUAUCCAGUCAAACUGCUGCUGCUGAUGUUAAAAGUGAAAACUUCCUGUCCUUACAGCUCAAAAUCAAUUAGGUGAAGACCCAAGGGGCUCCUACUUUGUUGUCUCUUCUGUUUGGUUCCAAAAGUAUCAAUACCCACCUGACAGCAGGUAUUUGAAAAUUCUGAUGGAGAAGGGGUUCUCAACAUGAAUUUUUGAUUUAUGCAAUGCAUCAACGAGCCAAAGCAGACAAUUAAACAAUUUGUUA